GAAGAAGAAGAAAAGCCUCCAGAACAAAGCUCAACAUGUGGCUCUGUGAAAGAACUACAACUCAGACAUAAAACUACAAGCUGAGGCUGCUGCUGCGGGUUAAAAUGGACGAAGAGCAAACGGCUGGCUACAGGGAGCCCUGUGUGGUGUGUUCUGCGGUGGAUUGGGGCGUCUCAGACGAGGGUCGGUUCUACUGCAGAUCCUGCCACAACGUCAUCGAGAGAAGCAGAGAGGUGGUGGACCCAAACAUCACGCCGGGAUCCAGCCGCGUCUCCACCAUCAGCCGAGGGAGCCGCACCAAGAGAGCCGAGCGCGGCCGUCAGUGGGUGGUGUGUGAAGGUUUCCAGUUCAUCCUGCAGCAUCAGGCCGACGCCCUCAUCGCUCUGGGAGUCACUCCGCGCUUUAAGGACCAGGUGCUGUGUGAGCUGUGGAGGAUCUACCUGCAGAAGAGCCGUCAGGCGUUCACCAACAGCCCAGAGAGAAGCUGCAGCUUUAGACUGAGAGCUUGUGACUCUGACAGGUCAGCUGAGUCGUCUGUCUUGUUGUCCAGUGAGACGGACGGAGAGACGAAUCCGUCCAACGCAGGCAGCGCCACUGAUUGGUCGGUGUGUUCGGGCUCUCUGGACGCCAGCAGCUACCUGUCGACUCGCCUCCGACCCUCCGGACGCCUCAUGAGCAUGAAGAGGACUCUGGCUCUGAUCCACCUGGCCCUCACCUGGACCAGAGAGCUGCUGACGCUCAGCGACCUGCUCAGGCUGGUGAAUGAAGGUCACGUCCCGUACGUCAACGCCUACGAGAAACUUCCAGACGAGAUGAAGCUGGAAGGAAAAGACGCUCUGAUCUUCAGAGUCAAGAGCGUCCCGUCCCACCGCGCGGUGCAUAAAGAGGCUCAGACUCUCAUUGUCUUCCUGCAGCUUCCUGCUUUUCCUCCAAUCAGCAGGCAGAGUCUGCUGCACCCGGCCCUGCUCAGCCUGCGCUACCUGAUGGACGCUAAUCUGCCCGACGAGCUCCACCCGUGGGUGUGCAGGCUGACGGAGGUGGCCCGUAUGGAGGACGAAGCGUUCCAGACGUCGGACCGUUUGUCUCGUCCCGUCCUGCCGCGCUACGACGUGCAGGCCGCCGCCCUCGUCAUCGUCACCGCCAAGCUGCUCUUCGGCCUGGACGACCACACGGAGUGGGAUUUAUCCAACCAAGCAGCUGAUCACCACCACCAUGAUGGAAGUGUGUUCAGCGUGCGGCGCUGGCUGCGGCUGCUGCAGGGCGCCGUGAUGCGAGCGCAGCAGCGGCGGGAGGACGCCGUGGCCCGGAGGCGCUGGGCGGCCAGCAGACCGCUCCACCCAAACACCAUCAAGACAUGUGUCGUCAUGAAGAGGAAGAGAGUAGCGGAGCAGGUCCAGAUCUGCUUUGAGAAGCUCUCGUCCCGUCCGGCGGGCGGCGAGCGCGGUGGCGCCGAGCGCGGCGGCGAGCCGUCCAGCUUCAGGUUCUGUUGGGGGGACGAGGACGGAGCCGACGGUCCCAGUCUGCAGCACCAGAAGCUCCGAGGCCUCCCGACCCCCAGCUCCUCAUACUGGCACCCGUCACUCAAAGUCUGCGACCCGCGGAAGUGUUCGGGCCACUGGGAGGCCCGGCUGCCCAGCUCCUUCACCUGGCUCCUCCAGCUCUUCUGCUUCCUGCUGGACCUGAAGCCUCAGGACCUGCUGCAGGAGGUGCUGAGGGUGGAGAGCAGGCUGGUCCGCAGCAGCACCAGGACCAGGGCUGAGACCAGAACCAGGGCUGAGACCAGGACCAGGACUGAGACCAGGACCAGGACCAGGAAGAGGACCAGGACUGAGACAGAGACUGAGUCCAGGACGCCUCAGAAAGGACCAGAAACUGUAGAAAUAAGAUGAAAAACCUUCAGCUGUUUGUUCCGGUGUAACGGCUCAGAACGUCCCAGAUUCAUUCUGGACUUGACCCACUUUACCCCCUUUAACAACUGUACCCACGUUAACCACUUUACCCGGGUACACUUUAUAAAAUAUAUUUUUUUUAUUGAAUUAAGAUUAUUUCAUCCUGGGUUCAAUCAGGACUCUGAUGGGGCUGGUUGCUGUAGUCCAGUCACCCAUCCUCUAGUCCGAGUCAGUCUCCAGUCCCCGGUGUUCAAGUCCGAGUCACCAAGAAGAGUCCGAGUCAAUCAUCAUUGACUGAGUUAGAGAUUGAGUCCCAAGUCCCCGAUGUUUUAGUUGGAGUCCAAGUCCCAAGUGUUCUAGUCUGAGUAGAUUCAGAUAUACCUGAGUUCCAGUCCGGGUCCAAGUCCUGAAUGUUUGUGUCCAAGUCAGGCGUUAUUACUUGAAUUUGAGUCCAAGUCGCCAGUGUUGGAGUCUGAGUCCAAGUCGAGUCACCAAUACCUGAGUCCGAGUCCAAGUCCCGAGUCCCCAGUGUUUGAGUCCAAGUCGAGUCAUCAUUAACAGAGUUCAAGUCCAGGUCCUGAUAACUAACGAAUGAACGGAGGCUGAUAUAGUCUUUAUUUAUUUUUAGCCUGAAUGAAAAUCUCUAUAUUUUUAUGUGAACUGUGUUCUGAUUUUUUCUUUUUUUUUUUUGGAAAUAUUUCUAGAGCGACUUUCUCCAACAUAAAUCUUAUAUAUUCUAUAUAUUGUACAGUUUAUUACACUGUCAGCCUUUUAUAUGAACGAUAACUGAUAUAAUAAAGAAUAUAUUUGAAUAAAAUAAA